AUGGAUGCAAGAUCAAUCUCCUCUCCAUCGCUUAUCAUACAUGUUAUUGUUAAUCACUCAACAGAUAUUAACGCCUGUUUACAAGAUCCAACCAUCAACGCUACCUUCUCGCACUUUCUUCUAACGGUUAUUGAAGCCCAUGGUCUUCACAAAGAGGCUUUCGAUUUCUCCGAGUACACAAAACUUGGCAGAUUUAUUCAACUAAUGCUUCGGUUUGUCCGUCAAGGACAUUCGGAUGUAUUAGAAUUAUUGGCAACAUUAUCCGGUUCAAUAAUUGAAACGAGCUUCAGACUUCAAGUUCCUAAGACUACUUUGCUGUCCAAGGAAUUUUUCGAAACUUCCCAGUUCGUUUCUCCGUUUCUUGCCAACCUUCUUGGUCGCUAUAUAAGCAUCACGGCCUGUCUUGGAGAUCCUAUCCUCCAUCGAUAUCAAUUGAGCUCGACCUCAGUUUACAAUGGAGAUGCUAGAGCACAAGAACUCGCUGUUCAUGUGUUUUCCUGUCUUUUUAACUACUCGCCCAUAACUCUUAAACAAGCUUCAAAUGAGGAGCCUCUGCCCAGAUUUUCGUCUCCGCCUCAUUUCUUAUCAGAGCAUAGCUAUCAGCUCCUAGUAGCCGCUUGUCAUUGGCUGCGCUAUGUUAGUGGCUCAGACAGAUUCACAUGCAGCCCGAAGAUCGGUGAAAUUUGGCUCACCUAUCUCAAGCAGAUCCAGAAUGCAGCUCUUGCUUUCAAACCAGAUGAUACAACUCUCAAUUUCAACAUCUGUGUAUCUUGUUUACAUCUCCUCUCGCUUCGUCACCGCUCGUCAGUUUCCUCUCCAAUGUCGGCUGAACAUACCUUCAUGGAUGAGCUCAGCCGAUUAUCUAUCCAGCUGGCAGAAAAAGACUACCGGUUAGCCGUCGAACAUAGUCCGAUCGUGAACACAUGCGACCACCUCAAACUGUUCCAGGAACUUCUUUCAGCACUCGCACCUGACUGUAUCCACUUUAUUCGGGACACUCUUGUGCCAGAUUCGAGUCAAGACAGCAUUCCCCCAAAGUCUUCUAUAAGGUCGGUAAACACAAGAUUGAAUGAGGCGGGCAUACGUGCGUGGUGUUUCCUGGCUGACCGACUUGCCCGACUUACCUCUCUGCACAAGCGCGUAGUCGAAUUACCGAAACCUGGUACCGAAAGCGUUGGAAUUCCGGAUACCCCUACCUCGGAUUUAUUUACAAUGGUCGCCUUUUGUCUGGCUCCCCUAUUCUUGGCUGGCAAUUCCACCUGCUCUCUUUCGGUUUGUCAUUUCUAA